CCGGUUAAUCUGGAACACCGGAAGUUCCGACCGUUUUUUCCUUUAAAUUGCGACCAUUCCUCCCAGUAGCUUGACGAAGUUACUACAUUUGCCUUCCUCAACUAGCCGUGCGAGCAAAGCCAGAGAUAUACGUUCGGGUACAGACUGAGAUGCCAGGGGCUGGUCCAUGGGUGUGAGCCGACUGGAUGUAUUCUACCGAAGGCUACUCCUCACCAAACUCUUUAUUGGGGGAUGGGGGAAGCCUGAAGACCUCAAGAGAAUCUUUGAGUUUCGAAAGAUAAUUGGAGACAGAGAGAAGUGCAAGUCUCUGGUUCCUCAGGACUAUCCCGUUUAUAUAAACAAGACAGAGGAGCUUGCUGACUGUCAUGUCCAAGAGGGCUUCUUUAUCUCUCCUCUGGAGCAUUUGGUUCCUGGGAUCCUGCCACAAGAGGCUGUAAAGGCCAGGUACAAGAGGUUCCAGUUCAUAGUUCCUAAGAGAUGGCAGAAGAACAGACCAGUAUGUAUCCACUUAGCUGGGACUGGAGACCAUUUUUUCUGGCGUCGGCGGACCCUGAUGGCUCGGCCCAUGAUCAAAGAGGCAGGAAUGGCGUCAUUACUUCUGGAGAACCCUUAUUAUGGUUAUCGAAAACCCAGAGACCAACUACGAUCCAGUCUAAAAAAUGUGUCGGACCUGUUUGUGAUGGGCGGGGCUUUGAUCCUGGAAUCAACAGUCCUGCUUCGCUGGCUGGAGAGAGAAGGAUACUGGCCCCUGGGAAUGACGGGCAUCUCUAUGGGAGGAUAUAUGGCGUCCCUGGCAGUGACCAACUGGCCCAAACCCAUCCCUCUAAUUCCCUGUUUGUCCUGGUCCACAGCCUCCAGUGUGUUCACCACGGGUGUGCUGAGUAAAGCAGUGAACUGGACACAGCUGGAGAAGCAAUAUGCAAUUAAUUCACGGUAUGAAGAGGAGAUCAUCAAGCUGCUGGAGUACUGUGGGGCUGAUUCCUUUAAGAUGGGUCCCAAACUUGUCACGAAUGUGGACGAGCAUUUCCACGAGCUGUCUGAAGACCACAAGCUGUCAGUGAGCCAGUGCAGCAGAGUGGACGGAGGACGUGACUGUGGUGGGGCCACAGACGGAGCAGAGCAUCUGUUGUCGCUGGGGAACAGUGUUGGAGCAAGCUUCGAAACUCUGCCAACAGCUCUUGGUGGAUAUAACGCACACGGGACGGAUCCCGCCGAAUGUUGUCGUCCAUCUUUACACAAAGAAUCUAUAAGUUUCAUGAAGGCAGUGAUGGAUGAGUGCACACACAUGGCCAACUUCUCUGUUCCUGUAGAUACCAGUCUCAUCGUUGUCGUCCAGGCCAAAGAGGAUGCAUAUGUGCCCCGAACAGGAGUCCUGAGUCUGCAGGAGAUCUGGCCAGGCUGUGAAGUCAGAUAUCUGAGAGGAGGACACAUCAGUGCAUACCUAUUUAAACAGAAUAUAUUCAGACAGGCCAUAUAUGAUGCCUUUGACAGAUUCUGCGUGAAGUAUCCCAACCUGCACUAGCCACUGGAGCCAGGCUGGACGUUUGCCUUCACCACUCUGUGUGGCAGCUGAGAUCUUUCCUUGUGAGGCACGUGUGGCAUUUACAGGGUAGCCUCAGAGAAGGUGGAGCUGAGCACGCCUCUUCCUGUUUGUAUAAGGCUGUGUGAUCUAGGUGUGCGACAAACCUCACCGUGCAUAACUGAACUGUAGCAGUCUAAAAUGUUGUUAUGUGCUGUGAAAGAAACAUCCGGGUGUCUAGCUUCAGUUUGAUAACUGCUGGUGAUCAUUAAUAGCACUGUGUGCAGUUUUUAUUGCUCCUGUAUCACCAGGCUGCAGGUGUCCUGCUGUUUUCCACUUCUCUUCCUUAUCUGACACAACCUUGGAUGUGAUGCUCGAGCCCGAGCCAUUCCAUAUGAAAUCACAGAGCUUCCUCAGAACUGACCAGUUUAUGUUGGACUGACUUUAGCAUAUUUGAUGAAACCAUGAAAGAUUCUUCCUGAAAAUUGUUACGGUUGUACAGGUCCCUGAAAUUCUUAGGCUCUUUUUUAUUUUGAUGCUGACGCUUAAAUCUUCGAUGAUCACAUGAACUUUUCUGGGCUGAAAGAAACGUUGAGUACGAGAUAAAACACCGGGGGGACGCCGCUCGAUCGCUUCUCCCUGGAAUGUUGUCCUGAUGUCACAUGAAUCAAAUUUAAAGGAGGCUGAAGUAAAUGUUAAAUCACAACAAAGUUUGAUGGUAAUGAAAGUCGAAGCUUUGUCCUGUGUCCACUGUGACUGGUGCACUUUGACUGGCUUCACUGUGUUUGCUGUGCUGCUCACAUGUAAAGUGGAAACCAAUAAAUCUCCUUUCUGACAGUUUCAGCACAUUUCUUCUUGUCUUAGCUGCUCCUGUCUGUAUGUUUCAGCCUGUAUUUCUGUAAGAACUAUAACAGUGUGGACAGCAGGACCCUAUGAUUGUCUGUUAUUAACAGUAUUGAGUCUGAACUCUGGGAAGAACAUUGUUAUUCAAUAUUUAACCCCAGUGCGUGCAUGAUGAUAGAAAUGGACAAUGAACAGGACGCUGGACGCUCCUUAGAGGCACAGGCUGAGACUCGAUGUCUCAGACAAAUCUGUGCUAUGGCAACAAAGAUCGGCAUCAUUCACUUUCAAAUCAGCACAUUUUUGGAACAUUUCCUCCGAUUUCAAUGUCUGAAAAGGGACUAAAAGUGGGUGGAGGGACCAUUUUAAAAACAUAUAUAAAAGUAUUUAAAGCAGAAAUUUCACAUUGUUAUGAAUAUGAACAUUUUCUACCGUAUAAUUUUCCUACCAUGUUGGAGCAGGAGGGUGGGUGACCCACCAUCCUGUAUUUGGACCUACUACAUCAGAGCAUCUGCGUUAAAAUAGUGAUGUGGCUCUAUAAUGAGUGACUUUGAGUUUAGUGAAAGAAAUGUUCAUUGUAAUUGUAAUUAUGAACUAUGUGCAGAUAUUCUUGAUGCCAUUACAACUGCUGAGCAGUACAAGCAAUGUUUAAAUCGCCACGCCUCACUGGAAGUGUUUUAU